AUGGCCUUGGACGCCACGACCUUCGUUUCCAGCCUUCGCGAUAGCAUGAGUCCCGGAAUCUUUACUCUGAACUUCUUUGGCGGUCGACACAACAUUAUCCACAACCCAAGUCUGGCAACAGCACUGAUGAAUCAAAAGUCUACUAUCGCCACCUCUGAUGAUGUCUCAAGACAUAUACUCAGCGUGGUCUUCGGGUUUCCAAAGCAAGAACAAGACAAGUACGAUGCCGCCUUACCGGAGAUGUUGACAUGCUAUAAACAUCUGCUUAGCGAGCCGAGUCUGGGAAACAUGACUCGGGACACGGGGGAGAGACUGAGAGGAAGGAUCAUGGAUUUUGUGACGGGGAGUGAAAGUCUAGUUGAUCAGAUGCCGUGGGAGAGGACGAGUGGGGUGGAGACUACUAAGAACAAAUCAGGAGAGUCUGUGGUAGAAGCCAGUCUUCUGCCUCUCGUCAGAGACUAUGCUGCACAUAUCACGAAUCCUUCGCUCGUUGGCUCGGACUUCUUGGCAAACUAUCCAGACUUCUUCGAGGAUAUUUGGACUUUGGACAAGGGGAUUCUCAUGCUGGCUACCGGCUUGCCUAGGUGGUUCCCAGUUCCUGCUUUGACUCGAGCACACAUUGCUAGACAACGCAUCCUCGCUGCCGUUGACACCUUUCAUGUUAUGCUGGACAAGCACAUGGAGGGUGAGAAACCAGACUCAAAGUGGAGUAGUCUCGACGAUGUCGGGUCUUUGGUGAUGGCGCGAAUGUCAGUGUAUCGUAAAUAUGGCUGGAGUAUACGUGCUCGAGCCGCGACAGAACACUCGUUGCUCUGGGCGGCGAAUGCGAAUUCUGAUACAUUAAUAUUCUGGAUGAUCAAUCGCAUCUAUGCUGAUAAAGCACUGCUGGCCAUGGUCCGGGAAGAAAUCGCACCAUACGUUAGGGUCGUUCAGCCAAAGUCCGAUCUGCCGAUAGCUGAGUCGCCACGGCUGGAGACAUUUGAUAUUGACGGGUUGUGUAACAGUUGUCCGUUACUGAAAAGCUGCUAUAUUGAAUGUCUCCGCCUUGAUGCUGCUCCAUGGAGCUUAAAGAUCGUGAAGCAGGACUUUGUGUUACAAGGUCGUGACAAGGAAGCCCCAAGCUGGCAAUUACGCAAAGGCGAUUAUGCUCAUGUCGCGCACGAUUUGCAUAAUACAGACCCUGCUUCUUUUCCUAACCCCGAUGCCUGGAAACCUGACCGCCAUAUCAAGUUCGACAAGGGUGAGAAGAGUCAGGUAGCUGAUAUGGGUUCCAUUAGGCCUUAUGGCGGUGGCGCAAGCAUGUGCAAAGGCAGAGCGUUUGCGUUCAAGCAAGCUAUGCUGUUCCCAGCCGCUAUGAUCGCCAUGUGGGAUAUCGAGCCUGCUGGUGGCGGAGACUGGAAGAUGCCACGGCAUCGGAAGGCCACCGGUGUGUACAACAGUAAUGAUGAUACUCGGGUUUGGGUCAAGCGCAGGUCGCUACCCAGCGAGUAG